AUGGAGAACAACAACGUGUGCCCGCAAGCCAAGAACGGCGAUAAAAGAAUGAGUAAAAGUGAGAAAACAACACCAACCGAUGGUGUUACGAAACCACAAAGCAUAGGCACGAAGUGUAGACCUAACGAAACUAACCCAAAAGCCCAAGCGCAUUCAAAACUGAGAGGAAAUGAUUCCUCUGUUGUCAUUAAGGCAAUAGGCUCAUACGUACAGUGUAAUAUUUGCAGUAAACUCUGUUCCAGACAGGGACACAUCAAGUGCGCAGAGUGUAUCGACUUCAAUAUAUGUAUUAAAUGCUUCUGUUCCGGCCUAGAAAGGCCAGACGAGGAGGCCCUGAGUAGCUCAUUCGUAAACGUACCAUUGAAGGAUUCAGGGUCGGAACACCGAAACACACACAAGUACAUACCAGUAGGCCCGUCAAACUUCGCCCUGUUCUCAAAAGAUUGGUCAGCGGAACAGGAGCUGUUGCUGAUAGACGCGAUUUCGAAAUACGGACUCGGAAACUGGACAGAGGUGUCGGACAUGGUUACAAUGUCGCACUCAGGGUACAAGACGGAGGAGGAAUGCGAAGCACACUACUACCAGUACUACCUAAAUUCAGCAACAGCGCCACUACCGGAUACGACGAGUCUGGUCUACGAUAAUAAUGGAAAGCCACUUAUGGUACCACACAGAGGCCCGCGCCCAUUACAGGAUAAACCAAAGCCAGGUAUAGGAACCACAACCUCGAGCAAUAAGCCGCAAGCCAAGCCACAAAUAAUUGGAUAUUGGCCACUGAGAGGAGACUUCGACAUAGAAUACGACAACGACGCAGAGCUGAUACUGGCGGACAUGGAAUUUAGAUCGGACGACACCCCCGAGCAAAUAGAAUUGAAGCUGAGCGUAAUUGAAAUAUACAACUCUAAACUAGAUGAACGGAUAUAUCGCAAAAAAAUCAUAAUAGAACGGGGCCUGCUCGAUACAAAGUCCCUGCAACAGAAGGAGCGUAAGUACACAACGGAGGAAAAGGAACUAUACAACCUGUUUAAGCCAUUCCUAAGGUUCCAAACACCAGAGGAACACGAUCACACAAUAAGACUCAUAGUCAAGGAGAGGAAGCUGAGAUCAAGACUGUAUCAGCUGAUGAUAUGGAAGACCCUGGGAUUGGAGAGCGCCGAGGACAUCAAGAAGUACGAAGAUAAGCUGCAGAGAAUAGACUACUUCAAAGAGGUGUUGAUUAAGCAGGAAUCGGACCCUUCCAGGAGACACGAAAAAAGAUUGAGAACAUCUUCGUUUGACAACGAGGCUGCCAGCACCAGUAGUGCCAAUAAGCUUAAGCUGAAAGAUUUCAUGGAGGAAAACGAAAUAGAGUUCUGCGAAUCACUACAGCUGCCGCCAAUCGCCUACUUCCUGGCAAAAAGAGUACUGCUGCAAGAGCUGGCCUGCAACACAAUAUACUCAGUGGACGACAUGUGCAACGAGCUGAGAAUAGACGGGACGAAGCAGGGAAGAAUAUUCGACUUCCUGCUAAUGCUCUCGCCCAAGGCGCUGAGAAGCAUGGACCAGGAAGUGGCGGACCUGUCGAAGGCGACACUGGAUAAGUACGGAUUCAUAGACACGUCGAACUCGUCAACACAAAUCACAGUGGACACGACAACGAGCGCGCCCGUGGGAGCAGUGGAAAAGUCAACUGGGUCCUCGACGAAGACCAGUAACCCUGAAUCCAGGGGGUCUCACACGCCCAGGUCGACGACGAAGGGCACACCCACAGCCGACAGACCCUUGAAACAGCAGAAAUUGCAAUUUUAA